ACUUUGUAAAGAGAGAGCAGUGCAAUUGAAAGACGCCAGCCAGACAAUGAUGUCAAGACGCUGCAUAUGAGAAGUAGCUUCGGCACUUUGUUUCACCGACAGCCUCCAACAUUCGAGACUCGACCACCUCGAGGGACCAGCUCACUGCGGAGGGAGGACGGCAGACAAGAGGAGGAUCAUGGCACAGGCAUUCCCCUACACGUACUACGCAUGCGACUGCUACGACAACAACACGACCAAGUCGGCCAAACGCGCCUCGCACACGGCCGCCGACGUCGACGAGGAGGAGCGCAACUUCGACCCGCGCAGCCCGCGCUCCAACUACGCCCUCUACCCGCUCGAGCACCUGCUCUACUGCGAGGACUGCCAGCAGAUACGAUGUCCGCGCUGCGUCAUGGAGGAGACGCUGAACUGGUUCUGUCCCGCCUGUCUGUUCGAGGUGCCCAGCUCCGUCGUCAAGAGCGACGGGAAUAGAUGCACGCGCUGCUGCUUCAGCUGCCCCGUCUGCACCUCGUCGCUGAUGACCAACUCGCUCGAGAACCCGGACGCCCCGUCGGCGGCUGGCGGGCCCUACAUCCUGGCCUGUCCCUACUGCCAUUGGAGCACCGUCGAGACGGGCGUCGAGUUCGAGAAGCACACGGGCAUCCACGGCCAGCUGGCUAAGAUCGCCAAUGGGGGGAAGCCCAUACCCACGCAAAAGGAAAGGGACAAGGAGCGCGAGCGGCGCCGGGAGCUGGAGGCAAGGCAGCGAGACUCGCGGCCUGUGCUCUCUCCGUCAGAAGAGUCGGCGUCUGGUGAUGCAGAACAAGAAGGCGAGACACCAACCCGUGACGACAUCUUCUCCAACCUCAGCGCCUUCUACAGGGCCCAGAUCGAGGCCCAGACGCCCGCCAGUCCCUUCUCGACCCACGACCUCAACUUCUCCUCGCCAUCGGCCUACUCGCGCAUCAUGAACCUCUACUCGACGACAGGCUCCAAGAAGCAGAAGCGCAACAAGCCCGCCCCCAUGCGCGAAGCCGCCUCAGAGCUCGAAGGUCUCACCAUCCACGACCCAGCCUCAGACCUCGCCGCAAUCGAGCGCAUAAAAAAAGACGGAUGGGGCGCCACGCUCUCGCCCGCCCAGAAGCUCGCCCAAAUAAACCCCUACAUACGCUUCGACGCCGAACUACGCCCCACCGCAACCCUCCUCUGCACCAAGCGCUCAAAACGGUGCCGAACCUGCCGGCACAUCCUCUCAAAACCCGAAUCCAAAAUCACCUCAACACGCUACAAGAUAAAAGUCGUCGCCCUCGAGCACACCCCCCGCAUCAGCAUCCGCGCCCUGCAAUCCCCAAACACAAACCCCUCCAUGUUCGGCCCCGCAACAAUCCCCUCCACAACCCCGCCCUUCAACUACAACACCCUCCGCCCAGGCAUCCCAACUCACUUCCUCCUCCACCUCAGCAACCCCCUGUUCGACCCCAUCCGCGUCACCCUCGCCACCGCAAGCACAACCCCGGGGAACGUCCACUCCCGCAUCACCAUCCUGUGCCCGGAGUUCGAAGUCGGCGCUAACACGGACGUCUGGGACGACGCGCUGAGCUCUGCCGUGCCCGCCGUGCGCCGCGGGUCGGUCAUGAAUGCCGACGGGCAGAUCGAGGCGGGUAAGCCGUGGGAUCAGGGCAGGAAUUGGACGAGUGUUGUUAUCGAGGUUGUGCCGGGCUUUCUUGACUCGGUUGCUGCGUCCGCGCAGACCGGCGGGAGUGCUGCGCGCAAGGCGAGUGUGGUGGGUGCUGAUGAGGCGCUCGAGGAGGAUGACGAUGUCCUGGAGAUUCCGGUGUUUGUUAGGCUGGAGUUCGAGGCUGAUGCGAAUGCAGAGGAGAGGGGGCUGGGUGACUCGCGCGGCGAGAAGAGCGGGAGGGAGAAGAGGGAGGAGGCGUUUUGGGUUGUGCUGGGCGCGGGGAGGAUCGCGGCGGCGUGAUGUGUGGGUUUAGUGGUUGAGAUAGUGCGGUUGUUGUUAUAUACCCCCUUUUGCCUUCUUCUGCGUCGUCGCUGAUGUACAAUAUACAAU